AUGGACUCGAAACCGUCAGGUUCAGAAACUAGCGGUUCGGAUUACAGCUUGACGAGCGCGCAACAUCAUUCGUACAAAAAGUCGUUUGGACGCUUCUUGAAGAAGCUUUCGCCAAAGCCGCGCUGUCGAAGCAAGAGUCCAGUCGGCAAGAACAAGUCGUGGAUAACGGUCGAGUACCGCGGGGGCAACCUGCACCACCAACAGAUGUCUUCGUCAGCAUCGUUGGUCGACGACCGCGACCGAGUGGUCAGGGACUCAUCCCGCCGGGAACACCUUCAGCAGCAACCGUCACCACCGUCUAGAGCUGCCGGUUUCUUCCAGACAUUAAACCAUACUUUGAGCCGUAGCAGUCGACGAAAGCCCUGCCCUGACAGCAAGGGAGUCGUGAACAGGGCGGCAAGUGAAAGCGAACUCAUCUCUUGCCGCGUAUCUCACGACAUGACAGGUACGUAACG